AUGCCCAAAACCAUCCUCAUAACCGGCUGCUCAGCCAACAGCAUCGGAGCAGCUCUCGCCCUCUCCCUCGCCAAACGAGGCCACCACAUCUUCGCCACCGCCCGAUCACCCGCUAAAAUCCCCUCCCCACUGACCACCCUCUCCAAUGUCACCCUCCUGCAGCUCGACGUGACAUCUCCGGCCUCCGUCGCCGCCGCCGUCCGCGCCGUGCAGGAUCACGGCCACGGGCUGGAUGUGCUGGUCAAUAACGCUGGAGCGGGGUAUACCAUCCCCCUGCUGGACGCGGACCUGGAGCACGCGAAGCAAGUCUACGAGACGAAUGUGUGGGGUGUGGCACGGAUGAUACAGGGAUUCGCGGACCUGCUGGUUGCCAAUCGGGGGAGGGUAGUUAAUCUCAGCAGUGUGGGGGCCGUUGUGAAUACGCCUUGGAUUGGGGUAUAUUCGUCAUCCAAAGCGGCCGUCAUGCAGAUCUCCGAGACGCUUAGGCUGGAAUUGGCCCCCCUAGGCGUCGGCGUUGUUUGCCUGAUGGUGGGCACCGUCAGCACCUCGUUCCAUGAUAAUGAGCCGCGGGUGGUUUUGCCAGCGGGCUCGCGCUAUGCGGCGAUUAGGGAUGUCAUCUCGCAGUGGGCGACGGGCCAGGCGGGGCCGAAGGGGUGCUCGGUUGCGGAGUUUGCAGAGUCGAUUGUAGAUGAUGUGUUGGGGGCCAAAGGCAGCGGCAGCGGGGGGUUGGUCUGGAAGGGACCAAAUAGUGCUGCUGUUAGGAUCUUGUCGCGCUGGUGUCCGGUCUGGUUGUUGGAUCGGAUGAUGAGCAAUGGGCAGGGAUUGGAUGAACUGGAGAAGAGUGUAAAGAGUUGA